AUGGCAGCCCCCGGGCCCGGGGACGGCGUCGCAGGUGCCCCCGGCGCCGGCUCCAGCAGGGCGGCUGCCACGCUGCAGGCGUGCUGCGGCGCCAUGCGGAUGAGGCAGGACCGCCCGCAGCUCAUCCAGCGGCUGCUGGAGGCCGGGGGCGACGUCGACGCGACGUUCCCCUCCUCGUGCCUCCACGUCUCGGCGGCGCUGAAGGACCAGCAGCACCAGCAGGCGCCCGCAGCACCAGGCGCGCAGGCCGCGCCCGAGCUGCCGAGCGAGGACUACCCGCUGAUCCACGUGGCCGCCCUGGCGGGCCUCACGGAGACGUUCCAUGCGCUGCUGCUCGCGGGGGCUGCCACCUCGUGGAGGGACCGGGUGGGCUGGACGCUGCUCCACGCCUGCGCCAGCGGCUGCCGCAGGCCCUCCGCGCGCCGGGGUCUGCCCGCCUCUGGAGGUGGCAGCGCCUCCAACGUCGCCUCGUGCCUGGGCAAGGUCGCUGGGGGCGUGGACGUCUGCGACCUGGACAGCGACACGCCUCUCCACGUGGCCGCCUUCGCUGGCCGCUUCGAGGCCGCGAUGACCCUCCUGGGCGAGGGCGCGGACCCGAACGCCGUGGACAAGGACGGCUGCACGCCGCUGCACUGCGCCUGUCGGGCCGGCGCCUGGAAGCUGGUGCGCCACCUGCUCGACUCCGGCGCGGGCCCGAACGCCGCCGACGCCAAGGGAGGAACGCCCCUGGCGUACGCCGUGGUCGGCCACGCGGAUGCCGUCGACUCCGAGGGCAUCCCCAUGCUCCUGCAGGCGGGCGCGCCGGUGUCGGAGCUCACGCUGGUGGUGGCCGCAAGGCAGCUCUCCACGCGGCCGGCCUGCGAGAGGUGCAUCGCCGUGGACGGCGUGCUCCGGCGGGCGCUGCAGGCCGAGGCCGACCGCCCGGAGGACGUCGCCUCUGCCGCGGCCGCAGCGGUGUCGCUGGCGAUCCUCUCCGCGGCGACGCCGUGGCGGUGCUACUUCAAGCACCCAGAUGGCGCCCCGCCCCGCGAGGUGCUGCAGGCCAUGAGCGAAGCUCGUGCUCAAGGUGCGGACCUGCUCCGGCUGGCCGACACAGUGGUUGAGAGCUGGUCUGGGUGGCUGUGCGAGGCGAAGUCGUCGUCGGCGGCGGCGGCGGCCGAGCCGCGGGCCGCCUCCGCGCGCGCCCGGGCCGCCGCGCUCCGCGGCGCGCCAGGCUGCCCCGCGCCAGCGCCCUCCGCGGCGUGGCCGCCGCCGUCACAGGGGUCCCCGCCGCGGCCGCGCUGGGCGGACUGCACGGACAGCUCGGAGGACGAGGACGGGCGUGCCCCGCCGCGGCCGCGCCAGGUCCAGAGCCGGGUGCAGAGCCAGGUCCAGAGCAGAGGUCCAGAGCCAGGGCCAGGGCCGGAGCCAGGUCCAGAGCAGAGGGCCAACGGCGAGCUGCUGGACGCGGAGGUGGGGAGGCACGCGGAGACGCGCAGGCUGAAGAGGCUGCGGCAGAAGCAGCGCAGGCUGGUGCGGGCCGAGGACGACGAGACGGGCACCGCCCAGGCGCUGGCGGACGGCCACCUCCGCGCCGACGCGCCCGCCUUCUGGCCCGAGCGCUGCGCGGGCGGCGUGCCGGAGGAGGUGGACGACGUGCCGACCAACGUGACCGACUGCGAGAUCCGCCGUCGGACGCACCGCGCUGCCGCGGGCUGCCUCGGCGCGCAGUCGCGCGCUGACUGCAGGACUUGA